AUACAGUCAAACAAAUAUCGCCCUCAUUUCAUUAAAAGAGAGAUUAUUAAAAGCCCAUGGAGGUCAUCCCAUUCCAGUAGCUGUGAAGACACUCAGAACCAUCCCUAUUCCUGUAUACAUCUUACUCUUUACUCAAAUAAAUCGCUUAUAUUACUCCAUUACUCACACUUUUCAUUGUAAAAAAGUGGAAAACUUCUUGAAGGAUGGCAUUCGAGGAUGAAUCAACGCCUCGCUAUUCCAGGACCUGGAACAAAAUAUUGGCCCAAGCAUCUGGAAUCCAUGAAACUUCGUUUGCAGAAGUAACGCAUUGCUCUGAACCUCAAAACUGUCUUCCCACUCUCGACAGAAUAUCUCUGAUUGCGGAUCCGGGUUGCGAAACCCGCCGGUCCGAGUUGCGGAUGACGACCAGGUUGCGGAGCGGGGUUUCGAACGUGUCCAAUGACCGGAGCAAGUUUCAAAUCAUGUUGGACGUGCAGCAAUUUUGCCCGAAUGAGAUUUCUGUGAAAACCGUGGACAAUUACAUCGUGAUUGAGGGCAAGCACGAGGAGAAGGAGGAUGACCAUGGGUACGUUGCCAGGCACUUCGUGCGCCGGUACUUGUUGCCCAAGGGCGUGAGGCCCGAGUCCGUCACUUCCACCAUUUCUUGCGAUGGCGUCCUCACUGUUGCCGCCCCGAAAGAGUCGAGUGGGUCUUGCGAGAUCCGCCAAGUGGCCGUGACGCCGGUCAACAAACCAGUGCUUUGCUCCACUUGUCCCACCGGCGUUUGCGGCCUGGAAAGAAAGAGCAUUCACGAGGCGCCACGGACGUCGCUGCCCAUGUCUCCGGUGUCGCCGAAGGCCGCCGCCACUGGGCCAGAUAACCAGCAGCAGCAGCAGCAGCAGCAGCCCUGCAUCACCGUGUGUGCGUCGUCUGCUGCUGGUGCUGGCCCCAAUGCUGCUCAAAUUCACAUUUCGCCGUCUGUUGGUGGUGGUGGUGCUGGAAAUGCGAGGAAGAGCUAGAAAAUGGGGCUGAAUGAGGAGAUGAAUAUGAUGAAAGGCUGAUGCAUGGAAAAUCAGUGUCGGGGAGAAGGGGGGGGGUUUCUCUUCUUUUUCAUGUUUAUCGAUCAACAUGAAUUCCCCCCCC